AUGACGAUGGGGAGAAAGCGAACCACUGCCGCCAACGCACAAAAGUUGCCGGAAAACGUCAUCGUCGACAUUUUGUUCAAACUGCCGGCAAGAUCUCUGUCUCGCUUCAGGCUCUUGUCCCGUAAGUACCUCAGUCUCCUUCAAUCCCCUGAUUUUAUCACCGCCCACGCCCGCGAUUCUUGCCUCAAUCGUGCCGGCGUUCUGGUCCUCGCUGAAUCCAUCUCUGGUAAAAAAGAGGCUUUAUUCUUACCACCGGUGAUACCACCCGAUAAUAACAGCAAUGGAACCUCAAUCGAACCGGUGAAGAAGAACGGGUUUUCGGACUUCCCCUUGCCAUUCCUCAAGGGCUAUAGCGAAUUCGGAGAGGAACCCAAGUUGAGAUAUGCCGGAUCCUUCAAUGGGUUAGUCUGUUUGAUCCACCAUCGAUGGGGAGAGUACUGGGUUCUGUGGAACCCGGCCACCUCCCAAUUCAGCUUCGCCCCUCCGCCGAUCUUGCCUCAGAGGGAUUGCUUCUGCAACGGCGCACGCCCACACAGGGUCAUUGCUGGAUUUGGGUACGACUCUGCGGUUCGCGAUUACAAGUCGGUUAGGGUUUCCUGGUGGACAGAGGAUGGUGGUGGAGUUCAAGUUGAGGUUCUAAGUUGGGCUAAGAGGUCAUGGACAGAAAUUCAAGACAGGAGCUUGGACACCAUCCUCACUGUGAAACGGCAAGGAUCCUGGAGCUUUCAGAAUCUUCCCGUGGCAACCAGCAAUGGUGGAGUGUAUUGGAUGGACACGGGUACCGGUAUGGUGCUCUGCUUCAAACUACAUGAUGAGAAGUUGGAGUGGAUUUCGACUCCCGACGAUGCUGCUGCUGCUGCUGCAGCUUCAUGGUCUGUCCUGAGGACCAUUAAUGGUUCCCCGUGUAUACCGGAGGCCAUAUGGCGCGUCAAUGGCGAAAGCUUGUUCUUGCUCUAUGUCAACUGCAUUGCCUGUGAUUCCACCGGAGCAGCCAGAUUGAAGCUUCCAUUUCAUGUUAUUAGCAGAGCCUUUGAGUUUGCUGAGACCUUGGUUCCCAUCCCUGGCAGUUGAAGAAGUUUGGUGGCUUAUGUUUAUAUUCCCCUCCUUGUAACCAUAGUUAAAGCACAUUUUAUGACCGGCUGGUACUGGUCUAGAAUCAUGUUACAAAUGGUGCCACUAUUAGACCUGCAUAAUCUGCAUUUUACCUCUCCAAUGGUCUGGUUAUGUACUUUUGUUACCAGCAUCAACGUUGAAUUUGCCAUUAGAGAUUAUCUUCUGUG